AACAAAGUUGGAGCUUGGGGCUAAACCUACAUUCGGCAAGAUAAUGAAAGAGUAAUAUAUGGACCGAGCGUAUGAUUACGAUCCACUCGUCAUUAUUGCCACCAUAGAAAAUCCUGUUGUAAGAAAUAAAGAAGGUGAAGUUCAUGUAUGACGCAGUUGGGGUCAGGCAAAGCUCAGCUAUGCUGAGAGAGAGAUUCGUUUGGCUCAGGAUCCCUUCCCACUUUAUCCUGGUGAAAUUUUAAAAUCUGCUGUUUGUGCACUGCGUAUUGUCCCUGCAAAUUCUGCGUUGCGUAUGAGAGCGGAACUUGAUUUUACUGAUGGUGAUGUUAAGAGAGUGGCUGGUGACGAAUGGUUAUUUGAAGGACCAGGUACCUACAUUCCACGCAAAGAGGUUCUGGUAGAGGAGACUAUCAGAGCCACAGUGAUUCGCAAAAAUCAAGCAAUAAAAUUGCGUGCGAGAAAAGAAACAGUUGAUCGGGAUGGCACUGAGCGUGUGACUGGGGAGGAGUGGAUAAUUAAAAAAGUUGGAGCAUAUUUACCCGGAACCUAUGAAGAAGUUGUCGAACUUGUGGAGGCAUAUGUUCUUACUGAAAAGAAAGCUUUGCAUAUGAAAGCGAGUCGUACCUUCACAGACUUUUUGAAUGUGAAACGAAAGAAUGGAGAAGAAUGGUUAAUUCGUAUGUCGGACACGGAAUCUCAUAUUCCAGAUGUUCAUGAAGAAGUCUUAGGUGUUGUUGAUAUAACUACUUUGAACAGUAGACAAUAUUGUGUGAUAGUUGACCCAGUUUCAGAAGAUGAUGGAAAGAACCAACUUGGCAAGCGCAAACUUGUGAAAGGAGAAGCAUCUUUUUUCCUUCAACCUGGUGAAAAAUUAGAGAAGGGCAUUCAGGAUGUUUAUGUGCUUGGAGAAGAUCAGGGCCUUAUAUUACAAGCAAAAGAAGCUCAUUUUGAUGAUAGCAAUGAAAUACAGCGCAAGCCAGGAGACAAGUGGAUGAUUCGAGGACCCACCGAAUAUGUUCCAUCCGUUGAGGUCAAUGUAUUUGCUAAAAGAAGUGCAAUUUCUCUCGAUGAAAAUGAAGGUAUAUACAUACGUGACCUAAAAACUGGUAAAGUUCGAGCUGUUUGUGGCCGCACUUACAUGUUGACCCAUGAUGAAGAACUUUGGGAGAAAGAGCUUCCUCCCAAUGUUGAGGCACUAGUGACAUCAGCUAUCGAUCCUUCGGCUGACAGAGGGAUGUGGGAGAAAGGAAACAAAGGCCCCUCUCAAUUACGUCGUGAUAAAACAAGAGUAGUUUCUUAUAUUCCUCAUAAUGCUUGUGUACAAAUUUAUGAUUACAAGGAAAAGAAAGCACGAGUGAUAUUCGGACCUGAGCUUGUGAUGCUCAAUCCUGAUGAGCAAUUCACGCAAUUGUCGCUCUCGGGUGGAAAACCAAAACGUCCGAAUGUCAUUAGGUCGCUUGCGUUGCUUCUUGGACCAGAUUUUUGUACUGAUGUUAUUACCAUUGAAACUGCUGACCAUGCACGUCUCUCAUUGCAACUUGCAUAUAAUUGGUAUUUUGAUACAGACAAUGCCCGAAAAGACCAGAAAGAUGCUGCAAAAUUAUUCAGUGUACCUGAUUUUGUGGGAGAUUGUUGCAAGGCAAUUGCAUCUCGUGUAAGAGGGGCUGUUGCUUCUGUCACUUUCGAUGAUUUUCAUAAGAAUUCAUCUCGUAUCAUUAGGUCUUCUGUAUUUGGCGUAGAUGAAAAAGGAAAAGUUCGUGACAAGUUCGUUUUCCCACAAAAUGGGCUGACUAUAACUUCUAUCGAUAUCCAGUCCGUUGAACCUGUGGACCAAAGAACCCGAGAUGCUCUGGUGAAAUCUGUUCAACUUGCUAUUGAAAUCACAACAAACUCCCAGGAAGCGACUGCACGUCAUGAAGCAGAAAGGGCAGAGCAGGAAGCAAGAGGCAGACUUGAACGUCAAAAGAUUACUGAUGAAGCAGAGGCUGAACGGUCCAGAAGAGAUCUUCUGGAACUUCAAUCAUUGAGUGCUGCAAUUGAAAGCACAGGGCAAGCUAAGGCAGAAGCACAAUCAAGAGCAGAAGCUGCUCUUGAAGGUCAAGCUGCUGUAGACCAAGCAAAACUGAAAGCAGAGGCAGCACGAAUCGAUUCAACAUCUGAGUUAGAGCGCUUGACCGCAGCCCGUGAUGCAGAACUGAAAUAUUCUCGUGAGCAGGACGAAUUGGAAGUAAAGAAACAGAAGCAGUUAGGUGAUAUCGAGACAGAAAAAUUCAAAAAUAUGGUUGAAACCAUCGGACCGGAUACUAUUUGCAAAAUUGCUUCUGCCGGACCAGAUAUGCAAGUGAAAAUGCUGAAGGCCCUCGGUUUAACAUCAACUCUGAUAACCGAUGGAAAUUCUCCAAUAAAUCUUUUCAACACUGCUCAUGGUUUGAUUGGCAGUCAAGGUUUUCAGUCUUCUGCUGUUGUGAGAACACGACAAGAUGAAGAUGAUGACGAGUGAUUUCCAAUACAGUUGAACAGUAGUUGUCAAAUAUUACUGUAGCUUCAAACACAUAAUCUCUCCCAUGUAUGACGUAUCAACAAUUUUAAUCAACAGUGCACUAUUAAAUAAGAUGUUACUUUGUUCAUUUUUAGUUUCUUAUUUCGAUCAUGUAACGGUAACCUAUCUAUCUUAACCCUUUCCACAAUGUUACUGAUAUAUUUUCUAUGCACGACACGACAGGCAAAGCACAGCUUGAAUGUGCCCAUCUAGAUUAGAACCUGUUUUCAACUUAAUUUGUAUACAAGUUCUAUUAUACUAGUUACUCUUUAGCACAUUUAUUCUCAACCGAUAUAGGUUAUGUUGUAGAUAAUAAAUAUUCAAGUGUGUUUAUUGUAUUUAGUUGUAUUGUGCUUGUCCAAAGUUAAACAUAAUUAUCUCACUGAAAAAAAUUCGGAAGUGACAUAGCUCGAAAUACCAAUAGUAUCAUCAUGAGUUACUUUUAACUGAUGAAAAUCUGUUGGAAUUUUUAUUUCAUAUACUGAUAAAAAUUAAAAUGUCUAGUCCAGAUUGUA